UAGAGAGGGCUGAGAGGGACUCAUUUGGGGAUGCUCACCCUCCAUGCAGCUAGUCCUGGAGCCCAGUCUGCUAAAAGAAGAGGGCAGGGGGGUCUUGUCUGGCAGUAUCAUCCUAAAGCCAGAGUCCUUCUGUGUCUUGGUCACUCCAGACCCCUGGGAGCUCUCCCCAGGGCUCAGGGCUGCUACCCCCGUGCCCUGCGCCAAGCCCAACCUGCUUCAGCAAACAGAGGUCCCCUUUCGCUAGACCCGAGCUAGCAGCUGGGUGAGAAAUGAUUUCCCCUUGCCAAGAAAUACUGAGGCAGUGCAAUCAUUGUUCCAGCAAAGAUCAACUCAAGUCUGAGUUUUUUCAGAAUAAAAAAAAAAAGGAAUACAUUUUAGAGUCUCUUGAAUGAAAACCUGAACGUGCCUGGGAUAUUUUCUUGCUAUGCUAAGCCACUUCCCAGGGCAGAAACACCUGGAGGGAACAUCUCCCAUCAGCUCGUCCUCCCGACUACCCCGCUGCUUGCCCGCUGCUCGCCAAGCCUCUGCCUAUGAGGACCCCAAAUGGCCCGCGGCUCCGGCUAGUUGCAAACCUGCCUUUUGUCUUCACUGCAAGCUCCCCCGGCCCAUCCCAAGAGCCGCUCUCCCCUUGCCAAGACAGGGUCCUGCAGUCUCAAGGGCCUGUCUGUGGGGUGCCAGCUGUACCCCGGAGGGUCCUGGAUGGAGAGGCCAGGGCAUGCAUUGAAGGGUGGUGCCUGGGGUAGGGAUCAGGUGAAACCCGUUUGGAUUAAACAAGAGCAGCAAGCAUCUCCAGGGGCUCAAUCUGAGCCACGAUGGCUUUUCUCUACUGAGGAAAUCAAUGGGGCUACCUUUGCUUGCUGUUACCGGUGCUUCCAUCUCCUUGAAUGCAGCGGGGCAGUGCAUUAGUCAGGGAGCCCGGGAGGCCAGGGUAUCAUGCUGUUUUGGGAUGAUGUUGUCCAUGCCCUCCCUUUGGUUGCUCCCACCCAGCUCCCUCCUGCAGGGGCUCGUGUGUGUGGGGCAUGACUCCUAUUACCAGGCUGGGCUCUGGCCCCCUUGCUGGUCCAGGGAUGCAUCAGCCACACUUAUUGCAUGCAGGGGUUUAGCAGCGGGGCAGGGGGAGGCCUUCUGGCUCCAGCCCCGCUGGAGAACUAUUGCCAGAGCAAAGCCAUGGCGGAUGGAGCCAGGAGGCCACGUGCAGUGGGUCUCGCUCUACUGGAGAGGCGUCGGCAAGGCAGGCCCUCCAAGGUGACCUGCUCGGGCCGCACGUGUUCCAGCUGGCUGGCCAACCUCUGCUAUUAUUAGUGCAGUAGGGCUUUAUCGGGGGCAGGAUCUUUCCCCUACGCAGCUUUCCAGAAUCCCUCAGGGCUGCGUAUUUUUGCUGGCAGCUCCCCUUUGCUGUUUGGGGUCAGGGGGUGUCUUGUUCUUCUUGCUAAGGACAACCCAAGGUGCCUGGGUGCCCGGCUGAAUUUCAGCCCCUUUGGAGGUAUGGGCAAGGGAGUAGGGCUGGGGUUUGAAAUGAGCUGGAGUCAACAGGUUGGGCCGCCCGGGGCAUGUUCUCUACCUGGGAUCUCUCGAGUGUACAUUAACCACCUUUUCCACAAACGGGACAUUGGCUGCCGUGGCCCCCCUGCUUGCCCUGUGGCAGGUUUGGGUGUGAUGCCUUGUGUCAUGUCGGGGUUGAUGGCUGUUUUACUAAGAGGCUGGAUUUGUUUAGGGUGGGCUGGAUAGGCCUGGUAGGGGUUGGACUAGAUGUGAUGUCUGGAGGUCCCGUCCAGCUCCAAGGCUCUGGAUGCUAUGACUACACAGGGAGUUUGGUUGGGAUGAGGGGCAGGCUCCUUCCACCACUGAGGCCAGGCUGAAGGUGGGGAGGGGGUAAAUACCAGCCCUAGGAAAGCCCAGGGGCCUGGGCUGAGGGUAGAGGGGGCGAAGACACCAGACACCUCAUGUAGUUCAUCCAACAAGGCCUGGCUCCCAGGGGAACAGUGGCAGGUGCUUGCGGGUGUCCUGGUCGCUGAACACUGCUAGUGAAACAGGCCUAGGACUUGCUGCUCGUGGUGUGGAGGCAUCACUAGCCCAUGGCAACAGAGGGGCUGGACCGGAGGGAGCACGAUGUGGCUAAGGAGGAGGAGAGGAUCCUCAUACUCAAUGAAAUCUGGAGGCCGUGGCCAAAGACCCGCAGGAGAGUCCAAGGCUGCCUGGACUGCGUGAAGCGCCAGCUCUUCCGCGUCGGCGAGGACUGGUACUUCCUCUUCGCUCUAGGGGUGAUAAUGGCCAUGAUCAGCUUCGUCAUGGAUUUCACCAUCAACACGUUGCUGAAUGCACACAGGUGGCUUUACCAAGAGCUGGGGGAUUACUUAGUGCUGAAGUACCUGUCCUGGACCAUGUACCCCAUUGCCCUGGUUGCUUUCUCCACUGGCUAUGCACAGAGCAUCACUCCGCAUUCGGGAGGCUCUGGCAUCCCGGAGCUCAAGACCAUUCUCACCGGGGUCAUGCUGGAGGACUACCUGGCCAUCAAGAACUUCGGAGCCAAGGUGGUGGGGAUGACCUGCACCUUGGCCGCUGGGAGCACCAUCUUCCUCGGCAAAGUCGGUCCCUUCGUCCACAUUUCCAGCAUCAUGGCUGCCUAUUUGGGAAAGAUUCGGACUUCAGUCAUCGGGGAGUACGAGAAUAAAAGCAAGCAGAAUGAAAUGCUGGUGGCAGGAGCUGCUGUUGGGGUCUCGACUGUCUUUGGGGCGCCCAUUAGCGGGGUGCUGUUCAGCAUUGAGGUGGUGUCUUCUCACUUUGCUGUCAGGGACUAUUGGAGGGGCUUCUUCUCAGCCACCUGCGGGGCCUUCAUGUUCCGCCUCCUGGCCGUCUUCAACAACGAUCAAGAAACCAUCAUGGCUCCCUUCAAGACCAACUUUAAGAUCGAUUUCCCCUUUGACCUCCCGGAGAUAUUCUUCUUCAUGAUUCUUGGGGUGAUCUGUGGGAUUAUAAGCUGUGCGUAUCUCUUCUGUCAGCGCUGGCUCCUGGGAUACAUCCGGAGGAACAAGCUCACUGCCUGGCUGAUGGCAACGGAAAUUAGCACAGCAUCUGGCUGCCUCUUGGUCCUAUCCAAGGUCCCUUGUGCCCGGCAGGCAGCGGAGACCCAUCCGCACCCUGGAGUGCUCUUCCUUCUGCUUCCAGCUGGACUCCCCAUGCUCCCUGCCCCAUGGCGAAGGUGGGCUCCCCUCCCUGCUGCAGCUGGAAGAGGAAACUGCCCCUUCCCUGACACCUUUGCUGGCUGCCAGCCCCUGCUGAGGGGAGAAGGGAGCAUGAACAUCAUAGGCAUCAACCUUCAGGGACCUCUGAGCAAGCCGGUGUACUCUGCCUUGGUGGCCCUCCUGCUGUCCUCCAUCACCUUCCCGCCCAGCCUGGGGCAGUUCAUGGCUUCCAGGCUCACCAUGAAGGAGUAUCUCUCCUGCUUCUUUGACAACCAGACCUGGGGUGUCCUUUCCCAGAAUGCCUCGCUGGCCAGGCCUCUCCAAGUUGACCCAGAAAACCUCUGGAUGGAGUGGUGGGACCCUAACAUCACCAUCUAUGGCAGCUUGGUGAUUUUUAUAGUGAUGAAGUUCUGGAUGUUGAUCUUGGCCACUACCUUGCCAAUGCCAGCUGGGUACUUCAUGCCGAUCUUUGUGUACGGUGCUGGAAUUGGGCGUUUGAUUGGGGAAGUGGUGGCCUUUCUCUUCCCCCAUGGCAUCAAAUUAGACGGCGCCGCUAACCCCAUCAUUCCUGGAGGGUACGCGCUGGCUGGGGCAGCAGCGUUCUCAGGCUCCGUCACUCACACCAUUUCCACCGCCUUGCUGGUCUUUGAGGUCACGGGGCAGAUUGCCCACAUCCUGCCCGUCAUCCUGGCCGUGCUCAUUGCUAACGCUAUUGCCCAGAAGUUCCAGCCCUCCUUCUACGACGGCACCAUCAUAGUGAAGAAGCUGCCCUAUUUGCCCCGGAUCAGGAGCAGGCACAUUGACUCCUACCGCGUGACCACCGACCAGUUCAUGAACACUGAUUUUGCUGUCCUGCCCAAGGGGGCCACUUUUGAGGAGAUCCUCCAAGUCGUGACUUCUACGGAUGACUUGGAGUACCCCAUCGUGGAAAGCGCAGAGUCCUUGUUGCUGGUGGGCACAGUACCACGAUCUGAGCUGGUCAAGUUCCUCCAGACCCACGAGGAUGCCAAGCUGUCUUCCCAGGAGGCUGGGGAGAAGGACAAGGCUCUCUGCAGCGGGACACUAGGAGAAAACUGCACCAUCAACCCCAUCACGUUCCAGCUGUCCCCUUGCACCUCUCUGCACCAGACCCACCACCUGUUUGAGCUGCUGAAUCUGCAGCGUGUCUUCGUCACCUCCCUGGGGAGAGUCAUCGGGGCUGUCUCAAGGAGCGAGGUGAAGAAGGCGAUUGAAGAUCUGGCAAAUCCGAAGACAGCCAAGUGAGAGACUAUGAGCCUUGGAGAACAGCCUGCUCCCUGUGCCCUGCCUGCCCCCCAUCCCUGCAGCAACGAGCAGGGCCGGGGAUAGACACAGAUCCAGUGCUGGAAGGAGACCACAUAGCUUGCUCCCCCAAAAACAUUUCUUGUACAUUAAAGUGUUC